AUGAGUUUCUUUUCAUGUUGCACGUCACAAGAGAAGAUCAACAAGAACACAUUGGAAAGGAGCAGUGCGGACUUCCAUUAUGCACAAGCUUUGCCACCAUGCGCCAGCAUGUGUUUUAAACCUGAUAACAGAAGCAGAAAGUUCAUAGAACAAGAAAUCGCAAAGAUCGGAAAAGGGAAUAUUUCCUCUCAGACUUUUUCUUAUCACGAUCUAUGUGUUGCAACUCGAAACUUUCACCCUGGCAAUAUGAUUGGUGAAGGAGGUUUUGGAAUGGUAUACAAGGGACUCAUUAAAAGCAUAAAUCAGGUUGUUGCGGUGAAGAAACUUAACAGGAAUGGAUUCCAAGGAAACAGGGAAUUUCUUGUAGAGGUUUUGAUAUUGAGUCUCUUGCACCACCCUAACCUUGUCAAUUUGGUAGGGUAUUGUGCAGAUGGUGAGCAAAGGAUUUUGGUAUACGAGUACAUGGUGAAUGGUUCUUUAGAAGAUCACCUUCUUGAACUACCUGCGGAUAGAAAGCCUUUGGAUUGGCAUACUAGAAUGAAAAUUGCAGCAGGUGCAGCUAGAGGACUAGAAUACUUGCAUGAAGUAGCAAAUCCACCAGUGAUAUACCGUGAUUUCAAAUCAUCAAACAUUCUAUUAGAUGAAAACUUCAAUCCAAAGCUCUCUGAUUUUGGACUUGCAAAGCUUGGUCCAACUGGUGAUAAAACUCAUGUAUCCACGAGGGUGAUGGGAACUUAUGGCUAUUGUGCACCCGAGUAUGCAUCAACAGGUCAAUUGACAACAAAAUCAGAUAUAUACAGCUUCGGAGUAGUAUUUCUAGAGAUGAUCACAGGAAGAAGAGUAAUCGAUCAGUCAAGACCAUCUCUAGAGCAAAACUUGGUCACUUGGGCACAACCACUAUUCAAAGACAGAAGGAAAUCUACAUUAAUGGCUGAUCCAUUGCUAAAAGGUAACUACCCUAAAAAGGGUCUACACCAAGCACUUGCAGUUGCAGCAAUGUGUCUUCAGGAGGAAGCACAUACCCGACCUUUGAUUAGUGACGUGGUUACAGCUCUUGAUGUUUUGGCAAAGAAGCAGAUACAAUUGCUGGCUCCUAAUCUGUUUCGUUGUGGAGGGAGCACUCGACUGGAGGUGACUGUUGCCUCAAUGGAGGUGUCUGCUUUAAGGCCGCACUGUCCCUUAUGCCGCCGCUGCUUCUCACUCCCCUUCCCUUGCCCUUCCCUUUUACCUUCUUCAUCACUGCAACGAAGAAAAAUUCAGUCAUUCCAAAUUUCAUACAAUGGCCUUCGAAAUAGCUCUGUGCCUGGAAAUUCUGUACAAUCUAGAGCAGAUUUUCCUUGCUGUCCAAAAGGGACAUCAAUGGGGCUUAAUAAAUACUAUGGCGUGAGGUAUGAUCGUGAUUUCCCCUGCAAAAGUUCAGUUUGCACUACAUCUAUGAAAAUUGCUAAUGCAUCAACUGGCACACUAGAGGAGGUGAUAGAGGAAGAAGAGCUGAAUUUUUUGCGUUCAUGUGAAACGCAAGUUAGGACUGUGGAUGUGGCUCCUUGUAAUAAUGGAUUAUCCGCAACCACUGCAGGUAGAAAUUUGUCUGGUGGUGAUUGUAGAGGCUGGACUAUAGCAAAAGAUAAGUUAACUGAAAAUAAAAAGGAAAUGAAUGGCUCAAAGAAAUUUGAUACGGAAAAUGGCAGUUCCAAUGCAUCUAAUGGAGUUGCUUCCUUUGGUCAGAACCGGGCUGUUUUAAAGAACGGGGAUAGGAAUAUUAUACUGCAGGAUCACCGUGAAUAUGUCUCAUCUAAUGUUAAAUAUUCUGUAGUAAACAAAUCAAAGGUGUUUACAGAUUCUGAAAGGGUGGUCCGCCAGUCUAAAAUGUCUUCACUGGGAAUUGGUAAAGCAAAAAUCACUGUAGUAAAUGGUGAUCAUGGUAUGGAUGGAACUGCAAAAGAUUCAACUAAUGAAACAUUUGCGAAACAGACACGAGAUACUGACAAUUCAAAGCUUCGGGAUAGGCUCUGUAGUAUCUAUGAAGAUAUUCUGGUGGUUGAUAAUAUUCCUCUUGCACAGGAAGUUUCGAAAAUGCUCACAACGAAGUACAGGCAUCUCAUAUACGCAUGUGAUACCGAGGUAGCCAAGAUAGAUGUCAAACAAGAAACUCCUGUAGAUCAUGGUGAGAUAAUAUGCUUCAGCAUUUAUUGUGGUCCAGAAGCGGAUUUUGGAGGUGGAAAGUCUUGUAUCUGGGUAGAUGUUCUUGAUGGUGGAGGAAAAGCGAUUUUAGAAAAAUUUGCUGAAUUUUUUAGUGACUCUUCUAUCAAGAAGGUCUGGCAUAAUUAUAGCUUUGACUCUCAUGUUAUAGAGAAUUAUGGAUUCAAAGUUUCUGGAUUUCAUGCUGAUACAAUGCACAUGGCCCGAUUAUGGGACUCUUCAAGACUUUUGGAUGGGGGUUAUUCUCUUGAAGGGCUUACAGGCGACAGAAGGGUCAUGUCUAGGGCUCAGCUGAACCAUCAAAAGGAUUUGAUUGGUAAGGUAUCAAUGAAAACUAUAUUUAGUAAGAAAAAAGUGAAAAAAGAUGGAUCUGAGGGUAAAACUAGUAUCAUUGCUCCUGUGGAAGAGCUACAGAGAGAUGAGCGUAUACCUUGGAUAUGUUAUUCUGCCUUAGAUGCUAGCAGCACUUUGAAGCUGUAUGAGAGCCUAAAGGGCCAUCUUUCAGACAUGCCCUGGAAAUUUGAUGGUGUACCAGUUUAUGGGAAAACCAUGUAUGAUUUCUACAAUGAAUAUUGGCAGCCAUUUGGUGAGCUUCUAGCCAAGAUGGAAUCUGAGGGAAUGCUAGUUGAUCGGGCUUAUCUUGAAAGCAUAGAAAAGGUGGCCAAAGCAGAGGAAGAGGUAGCUACUAAUAGAUUCCGGAAAUGGGCAAGUAGGUAUUGUCCUGAUGCCCAAUAUAUGAAUGUGGGAAGUGAUUCACAGUUGCGCCAGCUGCUUUUUGGUGGCACUUUGAACAGAAAGGACUCCAGCAUGGCACUUCCCACUGAACGAGUAUUCAAAAUUCCCAAUGUUGAUAAUGUGAUUGAAGAAGGAAAGAAGGCUCCAAAAAAAUUUCGUGAUAUAAAGGUGACGAGCCUAGGUUAUAACCUGAAGACUGAGAUGUACACAGCAACUGGUUGGCCAUCAGUUAGUGGUGAUGCUUUAAAGGCCAUGGCUGGAAAUAUUUCUGCUGAUUAUGACUUUUUUAAUGACGAUUGUAACUUGGAUCGUGAUGAUGAAGAUGAAAAUUCUUCUCAAAGUCAAGUUGCAGCUCUAAAACUUGAUACAUCUGCCUAUGGAACAGCCUAUGCGGCUUUUCCAACAGAGGAAGAAGGGAGAGAAGCUUGCCAUGCAAUUGCUGCUUUAUGUCAAGUUUGUUCUAUCAACUCUUUGAUUUCUAACUUCAUCCUUCCCUUGCAGGGACAUAAUAUAUCUGGAAAAGAUCUCCGUGUUCAUUGUUCCUUAAAUAUCAACACGGAAACAGGACGCUUGUCUGCAAGAAGGCCAAAUCUGCAGAAUCAACCUGCUCUGGAAAAAGACCGAUACAAAAUCCGUCAAGCAUUCAUUGCUGCACCUGGGAAUUCUCUUAUAGUUGCUGAUUAUGGACAGCUGGAACUUCGGAUUCUGGCACAUCUUGCAGACUGUAAGAGCAUGUUGGAAGCUUUUAAAGCUGGUGGAGAUUUUCAUUCAAGGACUGCAAUGAAUAUGUACCCAUAUAUUCGUGAAGCAGUUGAGAAAAAGGAAGUGCUUCUUGAGUGGCAUCCUAAGCCCGGUGAAGAUAAACCCCCAGUUCCUCUUUUGAAGGAUGCCUUUGGUUCUGAAAGAAGAAAAGCUAAAAUGCUUAACUUCUCAAUUGCAUACGGGAAGACACCUGUGGGGCUUUCCAAGGAUUGGAAGGUUUCUGUGAAAGAUGCUAAGAAAACAGUUGACCUUUGGUACAAUGAUAGAAAAGAGGUUUUGCAAUGGCAAGAGGAGCGUAAAAAGGAAGCUCAUGAGUUACAUUGUGUCCACACAUUGCUAGGGCGAGCACGACGGUUCCCUUUGAUGGCCCAAGCUAACAAAUAUCAGAAAGGUCACAUUGAACGAGCUGCUAUUAAUACUCCAGUGCAGGGUAGUGCAGCUGAUGUUGCCAUGUGCGCCAUGUUGCAAAUUUCCAAGAAUAAGCGGUUGAAGGAACUUGGGUGGAAGUUACUUCUACAGGUUCAUGAUGAAGUCAUAUUGGAAGGACCAACAGAAUCGGCUGAGGUUGCAAAGUCCAUAGUCGUUGAGUGCAUGUCCAAACCCUUUAGUGGCAGGAAUAUUCUUAAAGUUGACCUCUCUGUUGAUGCUAAGUGUGCUCAGAACUGGAGCAUGGCUCAGAGGAUGGAGACCAUAAAAGGUGGAGGAGGAUCCGUCAAGCUUGGCACCACGGGAACAAUCAGUUCCUUGAUGACAAGGGAAUUGGAUCACGUCUCUUCUGCCCCAAAUAAACAGGUAUCUUCAACAAGGAGUAAAGCACAAACAAUUCCUGUUUCAGUUCCCUGUGGCAGUACUACCCAAAAAAGACUACAACCAAGAAAAUCAUCAGUUGAAGCGAGUAGCAGUGGAAGCAGUAAAAACACAAAUCGUAGAGGCCCUGGCAAUGGCAUGCCCCAAAAAUCAAAAACUAAUGGCAGAAAUACACAGAGAAUACCCAUGCUAGGUUCUGAUAAAUGUUCAGUGGACAGAACUCCAGUGAGGGAGAAAAAUGAUAAAAAGAUACCUAACAUUGUUGAAGUUGUGGACAUAAAAUGUGGGAAUGCAGAAAAGGCUUGGGCUACACCCUUAGCAAGUCGUCUUAAGAAGCUUGGUUUUUCAAAGCUCUCCGAGAGCAUAAUCUAA